AUGGAGCAGCUACUGCCGAAAAUCUGGGUGGAGCUGCGGGGGAGUUGUACGGCAGCGCUGGAGGAUGCCGAGGCCUUCCGGGCCCAGGUCGGCUUCAGCGCCGCCGCUGCGUCGGCGGCGACCUUGGCGACGGGCACCGGCGGCGGCACCAGCGCCAGCAGCUCCCCCACGUCCGCGAUUUCCUCGCGUUCUGUGGUCCCCAUUGCGCGGUUUAUUGAGGGCGUGUUGCGGGAGCUGAUGGCGGCUGCGGCCGCACUGCCGCCCUUCGCAUCCGCGUUCCUGGCUAUGGCUGAGCGCAUACUGGCCCGCAUGUUGGCGGCCUUCCUGCACGAGGUCCGAGCGCUUUCCGUGGGUUGUCCCUCCACUCGGCUUCCCAAUGCACUGCCGGGUGCGCUGCCGGGCGGGCGAGCGACAGCCGCAGGGGGAGGGGGAGGAGGGGGAGGAGGAGCGGAAGCGGCCGGGGGUGGAGGGGCCUCCGCCUCCGCCUCGUCCUCCGCAUCUGACUUGGUGGCGUUCCUGGUAUCCCUCAGGACGCAGGAGCGGCCCCUGCUGGUGCCCCCGCAGCUGAGGCCGCUGGGGGCAGGAGGAGGCGGAGGAGGUGGCGGGCGGCCGCUAGCGCCGGCGCAUGGUUUCGGUGCCGAUGGCGACGCAGCUGAGGUGGAGCUGCAGUAUUUUGUGAUGCGGGAGCGACCCGUGGGUCACGAACGGCUUGUGUUUGGGCAGGGUGGCUCGGACCGUGCCGUACACCUGGCGGCGAUGAGCGAGUCCUUGGACUUCGUAGCGGAGGCGGUUAUUCGUCUUACAGCCAAACUGGCGGAGGGAGGCGGUGGCGGUGGUGGUGGCGGUGGCACAAACAGUAGCAGUAGCAGUAGUAGUGGGCCUCAAGGUCGAGGUCGGGGCGGCGGCAGCAGCCGUACAUCGCAGCCACCGCAUGCUUACUCGGGUGCCGCCAACGUCCCGGACCUGCUGCUGCCCGUGGUACAGAGCUACAAGGCGCUGGCGGGUCACUGCGUUCGGUUGCUGCGGCUGGAGGCGCUGCUGCUGGUGGGCUCCCAUCUGGCCCCCGUGGCGGCCGCCAGCCACCUGUGCGAGGAGGGCGACUCUGUGGAGGCCCGAGUGCCGCAACGCACCGUUACCGAUGUGACGCUGGGCUCGCUGCAAAGGUGCCUAGACCGGGCGUACGGCCUCACGCCAGGCGCCAAGAUGGCGGAGGUGGUGGGAGCAGUGGUGGGUGCAGUGCAGGCACCGGCGGAGCGUUUGGGCGAUGUGCUGCUGGAGGGGCUAGUGGCGGGGAAAGAUGCGUUGUUGGAGGGGCUGGUGGCGGGUAGGGACACGCUAGUUGCUGGCGUCAAGACCUUCCAGGUCCGGCUGAUGCACGUCUUCCACUUUAGCCGCCCCGACCUGACAACAGAGGAGCUCGCAGGCGAGAAGGCGCUCCGUGCGCCAUUUAACCUGGAGUACGAGGAUCGGCAGCGGCCAGUGGAGGCUAUCCAAGCUCUGGUUCCUCGCCUCCUGGGACCCCUGCCGCCCGACCUUGUCGACGCAAUGCUGCCCAAGCCGGCCGUCUCAGGCAACCGCGCCGAGCCGCUCGCGUCGCAUCUUUUCGCCGCCUGGCUUGGCGGCGCGCCUCUGCCGCCGCUGGAGGCCGCUACGUCGUCGUCGUCGUCAUCGUCAGGCGCUGGCGCCGGCGCCGCUGCCGCCAGAGGCGGCAGCGCCGCUACGUCAUCAUCGUCAUCAUCGCCGUCGUCGUUUUGGAUGAGUGGCUUGAUUGGUCUGUGGAAUCGGGUUUUGGGCAGGAAGCAGCCCGCUGGCGGCGCGGCGGCGGCGGCGGCGGCGGGGGAGGAGGAGAAGGAAGAGGAGGAGGAGAAGAAGAAGAAGACGAAACGCGAGGAAGCUGAGAAGCCGGCGCGUCCGCUGAUGAGUACGGCGGAGGCGUGGGCGAUGUACGAGCAGCGGGCGCUGCAAAGGGGCGACGCCGCCGUCGCUGAGAACGGCAGCGAGCUUGAGCGAGGCUGGCUCCCAGAGCUCCUCCUCCAGAAGUGA